GAGAAAUUCAAAAAAGGGGACACUACAUCAGAAAAUAAAGACCUGAGCAACACGAACGCCACCAAAGACUGCAAAGAGAGCGAGCUCAUAUGCACUUGAAGGGGUAUAUCAACAAUGAAGGCUUUUAUACUGUUUGUGGUAGCAGUGGCAUCAAUUGUACAUGUGACUGAAGGUCAACUUCCCGGACUUGGGGCGGCAGGCGGACUUAUCCGGCCCUUAAUUGGUUUAUCUCUCCUAGAUAGUUUUAUAGGCGGUGGAAAUGGCGGGAAUGGAUUUUUCGGCGGUGGUAGAGGAGGAGACGGCCGUGGAGGAAAUGCCGAACAGGUCUUCCUUAUUGAGCGAGAGCAGCAACAAAGUAAUUUCCAGUUUGGACCACCACCAGGUGGUUUCUUUGGACAGCCGUUUUAUGUACCUGACCAACGAUGGUAAAUGUUGCAGAGGCCAGAUUGUAUCAAUUAGUAGAAAAGAGGUUCAUAUGCAGAAUGUUGGUGGCUCUUGAUACAUGUCAUUGGCUUGACUCUUUGAAAAAACAUUGCAAAAAAAAUCCGCUUGUUUAUAAUUAAUUAUCACUAUUUCGCACAUCAUUAAAACCUUUCCAUAUCAG